AUGACACAGAUAAGUUUAAAAUUGUUAAGAGGCCAGGAAGAUCUGCUGGCCUGGAUCAUCGCUUCACUUUGCCUGAUCUCCUUCACCAGUGGAUUUUCGCAUGGUGCCAGUCAAUCUGCUUGUGCUGAUAUGAAACCAAAACACAUCAGCGCUCACUCGCAGGAUAAACGCAACAGCUUUAUCACAGUGCACAUCAAUAAGUCUACCUUUCUCCCCGGAGACCAGGUACCAGUGACUGUAAGGAGCACAAGAGACUUCAUGGGUUUCCUGCUGCAAGCUCGGCGAGUGGCUGAUGAUCGUGUGGCUGGGACAUUCAUUCUCAUUUCCCCUGAAUCUAAACUACUGAAGUGUUUUGAGGACGGAGAUACCGUGACCCACUCGGACAAGUUAUUGAAGAGAAAUCUCUCCUUUGUCUGGAAAGCACCGGACCAAUUCACUGGAGACAUCAGAUUUUUUGUCUCAGCUGUCCAGUCAUACUUCAUAUACUGGAGUAGAAUUCAGUCUGGUGUUAUUUCUGACCUAAAGCAGAAUUAUUCUACAUUGACAAAAAAUGUGGAAUUAAUGGGAACCCUCCAGACAUCAGUAUAUAACACAACUGCAACCCCCACGCCAUUUACUGAAGCAGCCGUCUUACCAUCUCUGAGGUUUGCAGACUCCGUCAAUCCUCAAGGAAGCACUCACCCGAUGAAGAAACUUUCCCAGACUCCAGUAAUCACCAAGGAAAGGGCCCUCAGAUCACAGGAUACAUACAUUAAAAACAAUUUGUCCAAAGUAGAUCAGAGCCCUGCAACACAACAGUCCAGCUUGGUUCUGGGCGAAAUUGAUCAACAUCUGCAACCAUCCCUGAACGCCAGAAAAAGAGGGAAACUGACUGCGCUCCCAACUAUUAAUGGAUUUCUGCUGAAAACGUUAGAGCUCGAGUCUGCAGAGAGCAAGAAUAUUCUGAAUAGUGAGAGUGAAUUCGACCUAACCUCUCCAUCUUGCAUAGGUUGCAGUAAUAUUGAACAAGUCACCACAUGGUCCACUUCUACAGUUUUUGAUUCAAGAUCAUCUGCUGUAAUUUCCGGACAAGAUUAUUCGACCUUCUGGCCUGUUAGCUUCACGACAGGUCAGGAAAAGGAAUCGGUGCCUCCAGAUAUGGAAGAGUACAAAAGCCGAGAAGGAGAAACAACACCAACCAUGAGCCGAGGAUGGAUCCCAAACAUAGAGGAUGUAACCCCAACCAGCACAGCCAGGCAGCUGAUGUCACAACGCGCUUCAGCAAACUUUCUUCAGUCUUCCAAAAAUUCAGGUUCCAAAGUUAAUCCGGGUAAAAUAGUCAGAAACACGUCAGUCAGAAUGACAGACCCAGUGCAGGAAGAUAAAGGCCCAGGUCAUGGAGAGAGUCCAACAAAAGGAGCACAGCUGGGCAUUCCUCAACUCGGUAUCCUGCUUGGUUGCUCUGCUGCUCUGGGUAUGGCGUUGGCAGUGGGGAUGCGCCAUUUCUUCUCCCAACACUGUCGCAAACGCACAGAGGUGUCGUUCCGCGACACCGAUAGCAGCAUCAUGGGUGUGGGAGACAACGGUGAGCUGGUUCACGUCAGAAAGAUACGUGAAAAUAGCUUUGUGCUUGUUCAGGCUGAAUACAAUGUAAUCAACCCGCCAAUCACUGUUGGGAAGUAAUUGUAGUUUGAGAUGCACGAGGUUCAUUUUUAUUGAUCAUGCAACACACCCUUAUCCUGUUGUAACACCAUUAACCUUUGUGUGAACAAAGGAGAGAUAUUUGCAAUCCCUGUGCUUUCUGUUUGUAUUGAUCCCUUUGCAUGAGCUGCUUGUGUAUAGGCAUUUCAUGGGGCACAGUGCAGGAAGUAAACCUUAGUCCUUCUGCUGAGCUUGCGUCUUCUUAGUACUUACAAACAAUAACUGUAUACAUGGACCACAGAUUGCUGAGGUGUUUGCAAAUUGAUUUUAUACCAAAACUGUUGAAAGUGGCAGCAAUCUAACAUUAUUAGUCACAGGAGGAUUUUCCUCUCAGUAAUAUACAAGUUAUGGGCUUCACUCACUAGUGUGUAGACCACCCACUGUAUGAAGCAUGGCCACAAACUAUCACCAUUUUCAAUAUAUAACUCCAGUUGUAGAAUACUUUAAGAAAGUACUGCAGAUGCUGGUUUAAGGUAGACACAAAAUGCUGGAGUAUCUCAGAGGGACAGGCAGCAUCUCUGGAGAGAAGGAAUGAAGAGUGGAAUAGUUUCCUGCCUCAUCAAGGUAGUUAACAGUAGUGUUAUUUUUCAGUACUAAAAUCACAUGAUUUUAAAUAUAUUGUUCGCAGACAUAUUUUCAGAUCACCCUAUACAAAAAUCAUAUCUUUUUAUGCUUAAUGGAAACUGAUUUUAACCUUCAUUAACAAUAACUUCCCAUCCUGAAGGUCGCAUAAUCUUUGCAAUUUAUUGUGUUUACAACAUGCAAAAUAUUUGCCUUCAGAGACUGCAUUCUGCUGAGGGUGGAGGAUAUUACUGAGCACAGAGCACCUUGGUUUGUAAUUAGAACGGCUUAAAUUAGAUCUUUCUGUGAUUAGUGUAUUAAUAUUUCUGUAAAUGAACCAUCGCUUGUAAACAAUUCCCAUGGGGAAGCUUUAUCAUUUUUGGAAUAGAUUAAUAUGUGUUAUGUGUUGUUUUAAUUCUAUCUGAUCUUUGCUGGGAUAUUUCUCAUUAAAUAGUAUUACACUGUCUAAACAACAUAUUUGAUACAUUCUGCACCCUGCCAUAAAGUAGUAGUUGAUCCUGUGUUUAAUAAAAAGCCUUUUUGCA